AUGAAGACCCUCACUCGUUUUUCCCUGGUCUCUGUUCUACUUGGCACUUCAACCGCCUUUCCAUGGGCUAAACUGGCCAAGGACCCUUUCCAUGCUUUAGAACGCCGUCAGGUUGAGAAUCCACCACCCAGUGAGAAUGUCUGGUCUGAUGAGCCAUUGGAAACUCCUCAUUGGGACAACAAGACCUUCACUUUAUACACCAACCAACUGGUCCAGAAUGCCUACCAGCACACUCCGUAUGUUGCCAAUGGAUAUAUUGGUCAGCGUUUCGGUGCUGAAGGGCACGGUUUUCAACAGGAUUUCAAUGACACAGAUAAUGAUGGGCCAACCCAACCAGUAAAUGGAUGGCCAUUGGAUAAUCGUCGAGUCACAUUUGGUACCGUCUCUGGAUUCUGGAACAGUCAACCCAAUACAACCCGUACCAACUUCCCUGAGCUUGCUGCGCAGGGUGGUGAAAGCGUCAUCGCAGGCUUGCCAAGCUGGGUGACUAUGUAUCUGAUUACUCCCCUUGGGGAUACCUACGGUCCUGGAACGAAGAACUCCACGAUUUCGAACUUCAUGCAAUCUAUGAGUCUAAGAAACGGGAUCGUGAAGACAUCCCUUACUUGGAGCCCAGCCGGCGGAUGCACAUACGAUUUGACCUAUACUGUCAUGGCAAACCGAUUCCGCGCCAACGUUGGAUAUAUACAACUAGAUGUUGUAGCCAGCCACGAUGUUGAGGUUUCCUUCCUCGACUUGCUCGACGGCAGAGGUGCCCUGCGCACAUGGCCUGCCGGCACCGGGAUGGAAAUGGGAGCAGAAAAUAUCAUCUGGUCCGCCGUUCAUCCCCAUGGCCUCCCUGAUAUCACAGCAUAUGUCUACUCUUCUGUUAAGUUCAGUGGUACUGCUUCCGGUCGCGCUUCGGGAGAAAAUAUCAACUGGGUACCUAAGGAUGUUUCAUCUAUCUCGCAAGUCUUCAAAGCCCGCCUGACAGCUGGCAAGAAAUUCUCUGUCUUCAAAUCGGUUGGCAUUGCAAGCAGUGAGGCGUUCCCUGAGAGUACAGACAAAGUUGCUAGAACAGCAGCAUUGGCCGCUUCAGAUGCUGGCUAUGAUCAGCUACUCUCAGAGCACAACGAAUCCUGGGAUGACUUGUGGGAGGAUGGUAGCAUUCUUGCUGAAUACGACGAAGAACUUCAAAUCAGCUUACAGGCCACCCUUUUCCAUUUGCUCUGUGCAGUCAGGAGUGGGAAGGGCCCCAAACGUCUCGGAAGUGAUGCUUCUAUCUCUGUCGGUGGACUGACCAGUGACAGUUAUGCCGGAUUCGUUUUCUGGGAUGCGGACCUGUGGAUGUACCCAGGCCUCGUUACCAUUUGGCCGGAGUACGCACUCCCAAUCAUAAAUCUUAGGAGUAGGCUACUCGCCCAAUCAGAACGCAAUGCACGCGAAUAUGGAUAUGGUGAGGAUACUGCCGUAUACUCUUGGACAACUGGACGAUUCGGAAACUGCACUGGCACAGGCCCUUGUGUGGAUUAUCAAUACCAUUUGAACACGGACAUUGCGUUCGCGGCAUGGGAGUACUUCCUCAAUACAGGAGAUAUGGACUUCUUACAAAACGAAGGAUGGCCAAUCAUCCGCAAGGUUGCAAAUUUUUUCACCGAAUACGUCACUUUCAUUAAUGGAAGCUACCACACUACAAAUCUUACUGACCCUGACGAGUACGCCAACCACGUGGACGAUGGUGCCUUUACUAACGCUUCUAUCAAGAAGUUGUUUUCUGUCGCUCUUGAUCUCGCAAAAAUGGUCGGCUUCUCUGCUCCAUCAAGCUGGACAAGCAUUGCUCAGAAGAUGUUCAUCCCCUAUGAUGCCGAGGCCGGUAUUAUCCCAGAAUUUACCGGGAUGAAUGGAUCAGUCACUAUCAAGCAAGUCGAUGUCGCUUUGAUAUCCUAUCCUCUAGGAUUCAAAUUUAAUGAUACCCAAGCGCGCAAUGAUCUCUUCUUUUACGCAAAGGCUCAAUCACCGGAUGGCCCAGCCAUGACAUGGUCUAUUUAUUCCAUAGUAUCAGCCGAGUUGAUUGAUACCGGUUGUCAAUCAUGGACACAUGCUCUUCAAGGAUCCCAAACAUAUCUCCGAGCACCUUGGUACCAGUUCUCGGAACAGGUUGACGAUAACGUUCGAACGAACGGUGGAACGAACCCUGCCUUCCCCUUCCUUACCGGUCAUGGGGGUUACCUUCAAGUAUGGACUCACGGGUACACUGGAUUCCGGUCCAUGCAAGACGUUUUCUACCUAGAACCAUCCCUUCCACCCCAUCUUAGUGGCGGUAUUCUCUACAAGACAAUUAAAUGGCAAGGCGCAAGUUUCGAGGUGUACAUUGGUCAACAAAAUACCACAAUCAAGCGUGUUGUUUCCCGAAACUCCUAUCUGGAAUACAAAGGUGCCGUUCCAGUUCGCAUUGGAGAUAAGAAUCCAAAGGCUGGCACGUACCACCUAUUCCUUAACGAAGUUCUUACUAUCCCCACUCGCCUUCCACAUAAAAAUCCACCAUUCCAACCUGGCAACCUCGCUCAGUGUGUUCCUGUUACAAGCAAUGGCACAUGGGCACCAUCUCAUUUCCCACUUGCCGCAGUCGAUGGUAGCAAUGCUACCACCUGGCAGCCAGUUACCAAGGCACCAAGUAGCAUCACUAUAGAUCUUGCAGCUGCCUUUCCUCCAGCCCCGAACAAUGCUCAAAUCUCAAGCGACCGCCGUAAAAUCCGUGAAGUUAUCCUGACCUGGGGUGCGGUCGUCCCAUAUAGCUGGCUUCUUGAAAUUUCUAACGAUACAAAUACUUGGGAACGUGUCUGGGGACAAGAGAAUGUUGCAAUCUCUAUCGAAUGGGACCCCAAGCGAUAUAUCGAGCCUCAGAUAGAGGACGGCAAUAGCACCAGCGUUGUCUUCGACCGAGAGUAUGAAGGGCGUUUCGCUCGAUUGACAAUUGCAGGCAAUCAGGCGAAUCCCAAGGCUAAGUUCGGCGCUACGGUUGCAGAAGUCGCUCUUAUCGGAGCUUGA